AUGUUCACCAUCCAGGAGCUCUCCUUCGGUGAGCCACACAUGUACAUCAACUACACCCCGACCGACCAGCGCAUGAUUCGGCUGGCGGGCGCCACGGAGGGGGAGUGCGAGGACAUCAUGGAAGCAUGCAUCACAUACGGCAUGAACCACGCCGUGAUUGAACGGCCCCGCACCGACGAUGGCGGUGACUUAGUGAACCAGCCUGCCAUUAUCUCCUUUGGCUACACGGAGAGUUUUCUCUCCAAACUAGAAGUAUCGCCGCCAGCGGAUAUAGGUCAGCGGACGCCGGAGGGUGUGGACGGCCCCGGUCAGAAACCACGCAUGCACCCUCGCAACUCGGCUCCACGCAGAGCCAAAGUGGCCCUUACGGCAUAA